AAGAGAGAAGUACCAUUAGGCCCUCCUAAUAAAAUAAUACUAAUAAAUAUGCCUAAAAUGCCCUCAUCAUUCAUUCAUUCAUUCCACCAUUGACCAUUCACCCAACUCCUUCUCUUCUCUUCUCUUCUCCAUUCUUAGGGUUUUCUCCACUCCUUCCUUUUUCUUUCUUUCUUUCACACUUUUUGAAUAAGUCAUACACCCUCCAACCCUUCCUUUUCUCUGCCUCCUUCCCGUUACGUUUACCCCUUGACUCUCUCCUUCCACUUUCACAAUUUCAACUUUCGAUCUCAUCCACUGCUCUUUCUUCAAUCCUUCAAAUUUCGCCUCAAGCUUCCACAAGGGUAUGUUUUUUGCUUUUUACCUCGCCUCUAGGGUUAACUUUGCUGCUGUUGCUGGGAUUCAUUUGUAUUUCGGAUAAAGGAAUUGGGGAUUUUCGGGUGUUGAUUGCAAGUUUAGAAUUUGUUUGACUCCAGGGAUGCUUAAAUUACAACUCAGGCUUGGUAUGUUGACCUAGUGUAUUAGAAUUGUUGGAAUUGCACGGGUUCUUUAGGUUUAUGUUUUAAAGUUUUGGGUGUCGUUGGGAGCUUAUGAGCAUUGGUUUGUUUUACUUGAAGGGGAAAUCGAGUGGUGAUUUGUGAUUGUAGUAAGGUUUUUUUUCGCAAAUGGAUAACUCGAAAAACAGGCAUAAUGAUAGUUUGGGUGUGAACAAGAUGGGGAAAAAUAUAAGGAAGAGUCCUUUACAUCAGCCCAAUUUUGGUAACAAUAAUGGUGCUAGACAACAGCCUCAGCCUCAGGUUUACAACAUAAGCAAGAAUGAUUUCCGGGAUAUUGUUCAACAACUUACUGGAUCACCCUCACCCUCCCAGGAUCCUCCACCUAGACCUCCAAACAAUCCACCAAAGCCACAGAGCAUGCGGCUGCAGAAGAUUAGACCUCCCCCGUUAACACCCAUCAAUAGGCCUCGCUUGCCCCCGCCAAUGCCGGUGCCUGCUGCCCCUCCUCCGGUUCCUUACAAUAAUGCCUUACCUAGACCUGCUCAGUUCGGACAACCGUCGCCACAACCGUUGACACCUGGGGAUAUAUGGUCUAACACGACUGAGUCACCCAUCUCUGCUUAUAUGCGUUACCUUCAGAAUUCAAUAAUGGAUCCAGGUCCAAGGGGUGGUAACCAAGCUCAGGCUCAACCUCAAGUGCCGGGCAAUGUUCCUCCUUCAUCUGCCUUGCUUCCUAAUCCUCCCAUGCACAUGUACCCUUCUCCGAGAUUUAAUGGUCCUAUUCCACCUAUGGGUGCUAGUCUCCCUUCACCCCAAGCAAAUGGCCCUCCCCUUUUACCUUCUCCAACCUCCCAAUUCCUCCUGCCUUCUCCAACUGGCUACAUGAAUUUGCUAUCCCCACGGUCACCUUAUCCUCUACUGUCACCUGGCAUUCAGUUUCCAUCACCACUUACACCGAAUUUCCCAUUCUCACAGUCGGGGAUUUUAGGCCCUGGCCCCCAACCCCCUCCUUCUCCUGGCCUUAUGUUUCCGUUAUCUCCUUCAGGUUUUUUCCCCAUCUCAAGUCCCAGGUGGAGAGAUCAUUAGCUUCUCAAUUUGUGCUUACAUAUGUUUUAUUGGGUUGCUUGCUUCUAACUGGAGAGGUACACUAGGCUUGUCUGUUGGUAUGUGGUGUACAAUCAAGUUGUAAGAUCUGGUUUUGUCUAUCUGUAGUGUUGUUUUCUCAUUUCUUUGUUUCUCUUUUGUUGACAACCGUAAUGGUUGCAAUCCUUUUACUUUGACAAGUUUUACAUUAGGCAAUAUAUUGAAGAUCAGACAACUAAAUUGGACAGCUGUAAGAUGCAAGACUGAUCUGUAGCUCGAAAGGAAGUAGGAUUACAGACAAUAUUUGUUGUGUAUGUCAUCUUCUUUUGUAAUAUAGUGGAUUACAUCUUAAAGUUCAUAGCAAAUUUCAUGUAAGAUGUUUUAAAGUACUGAUCUUAUGCUUAUUAGUUAUUACCAUGUGGCA